GAACGGUGAGUCUGAAUUUUAACGGUUUGUUUAAUUAUAAAUUCUAUCAUCUCGUAUAAAAUCGCUAAGAAACUAGACUUUAGAUAAUCUCAUAGCUUAUUUAUACAAAAAUUAAUUCAAGUCCGUGGUAGAUAUCAUAGGAUAUUAACUUUUAAGAUGUCAAAAGUAAACAUGAAGCUUGCAAUUACAUUUAUUUUCGGCGUAUUCCUGUUACGAGAAUGCAAUGGGCAGAUCAUCGUCAACACUAACACUGGAGAAGUCAUGGGUAAAACAAUUAAUGUUUUAGGCAGGAAAGUUCAUGCCUUUUUAAGUAUUCCCUAUGCGAUUCCUCCGAUCGGUCAAUACAGAUUUCAUGUUUCUAUGCUUAACUUAUGGAAAAUCGUUUACAAUGCCACAGAAAAAACGCCCUCCUGCAUGCAAUGCCCAUUGAUACCGGAAUUCCCGUGGGUUCCGGAUUUAGAAAAUAUGAGCGAAGAUUGCCUUUACCUGAAUAUUUGGGUUCCUGCCGAGAACAAACAACAAUCUCCGUUAUCGACAAUGGUGUGGAUUCACGGAGGUGGAUACAACACGGGAUCGUCGAAUCUGGAUGUCUACGACGGAGGGGUGAUGGCGUCGUUAGGUAACGUCAUAGUGGUAUCUUUUAACUAUCGGCUCGGUGCAUUUGGAUUUCUUUAUUUGGAACCACUUUCGACUAUUAGUAACAAUGCACUGUUGGAUCAAUUACUCGCUCUCAAGUGGAUCAAACACAACAUAAGAGCAUUCGGAGGUAAUAGUAAGGAUAUCACAUUAUUUGGACAAGAUGCGGGAGCGUGGUCGAUAGGUUAUCAUCUACUUUCUCCUCUAUCUCGCGGACACUUCAAAAGAGCAAUAAUGCAAAGUGGAAGCAUUUAUCAUCCUUAUUUAACUACAGAUGUAGAUGAUAGCUUAUGCAUGAGUUUAAAACUAGCAGGCUCGCUUAAUUGUGCUAAAAACUAUGAUGGUACAAUUAAACCUUACAGAAACAUAGUUGCGUGUAUGAAAGAAAAAGAAGCGUUAGAUAUAAGUUUUGCUGAAAAAAAAAUCUUGUUUGAGAAGUAUCACUUUCUAGACUUGCUUCCGCAAUAUGGAAGAAGUUUUUUACCCAGCAAUCCGAUUGAUAGUUUCGACUCCAUCAAGUUUAGCGAUGUAGAUGUCAUGUUAGGUAAUGUAGCAGACGAAGGAUCGCUGUUUCUUGCGCUAUAUAACAAAAAACUUAUACAAGAAAGGAACCCGAGAAUGACGAAGCACGAGGCUAUAAAAUACUUUGAAAAAAGUACUGGAUAUGAUCAAACUACACUCGAACCCAUCAUAAAACAGUAUUUCGAAAAUGUUCGCGACGGUGACUUUCCAACGAUUAUUAAACGAACUCAUCAGGCGAUAGGCGAUUCGACGUUCAAGUGUCCUACAAAUUUCCUGGCAGAGAAGCUUGCAGAAAAGAGAUUCAACGUGUUUCAUUACACUUUUAAGCACAGAAGCGGCAAAAAUAUAUACCCAAAAUGGACCGGGGUACCUCAUUUCGAAGAAGUUCAAUUCGUAUUCGGUGUUCCUCUAUUGAAAACAAACGAAUACACCGUCGAAGAACAAGAAUUCAGUAGAAAUCUCAUCGAACUUUGGACUUCGUUCGCUAAAACUGGGACUCCACAUGUUGAUAACUUGGAAAGAUGGCUUCCGUACACUAAUCGAAAGCCGAUUUCUAUGAACUUGCAACCGAAAAACAUAAAACUCACAAAGUCAAUUCCGAACGAACACUGUGAAUUUUGGAAAACUUUUUUUCACGUAUAAUUAUAGUAAUUGAGGGGUUAAGUGGAAAAAUGGCAUAUACUACACCAGAAAACUUUUUAGAUAAAGGACGAUUUGUAUUUUAAUUCGCCACAUUUUAAUAUGCAUCGCUUUGUCAAUACGGAUGUAGAACAUGGAGGACAUGCAACUGAACCAUAAAAGUUAUUUAGAAAAUGGAUUAAUUAAUGAUGCAUAAAUCCAUAUUUGUUAGUAACUCAUAUUUUUGUAGUUUUGUGUGAUUUGCCGUUUUCCACUCAGCCCCUUAAUUGCAAUUGCAAAAUUUACAUUUCUUGUACGUCUUUAGCAACUUCGGAGACUGGUAAAUGUAGUUUGUGUAUUUUAAAAUAAAAUCGAAUUAAUCAGACCAUUUGUAUGCGUUUCUUUUAAGAUUAUGUGAAGUACGAUAUCAUUUAAU